AUGGGGGUUCGUAGUGCUGGUGGGGGUGGCACGGUGGUGUUGGCUGGCAAUGUCGGUAUCACAGCUAUUCUCGCUGGCCUUGCCAUUGUGCUUUCCGCUGUCACUUACAUCGCAAACAGGCGACGCACAAACGAACCCCAUUUGCCAGGCCACGUCUCUUUGCGUGGGAAGCGUGCGGUUGAAGAGCGCCGCGGAUUACAUGGGAAUAGUAAUAACAAAACUGGGGGCGUAACUGGGACUGGGGGUGGUGGUGGGAGUGCAAGCAGACAGACGGGAGGUGUGGGAGGCGGUGGUGGAGGGGCAACGACAGGACCCAAGUCAUACUGCGCGCUGCGGGCUGAGCGACAUGUGGGCCAAUACAACGCCAACCUACUCGAGUGGAGAGAUGACGUUAUAGGGGUGCGCAUGCUCUUUUCUCCAAUUCUCUUUGCGGUGGAGACGGAGGAGCGGCAGGCACCGCUGCUGCUCGUUGCUCUGCGUUACUUGCGUCAGCCAGAGCAUCGUGUAGCUGUCAUCAUUGAGUCAUGUGUCACAGCGGCAACGGCAGAGGAGUACCGCGACGGUAGCCUUGCCCGGAUACGUGACUGUGUCAAGCUUUUGUCAUGUGGCACCACUCGUAUUGGCGUCACAUCACACCCCUCCGCGGAGUACUGUUAUAUGGACGCGGGCAACAAUCUCCGCUAUGCCCUAUCCGUGUUUCUUACGCAUGGAAAUUUGGCCGUCACUGCGCAGUACGUCGCUGACACACGCGUCAAGGGAGUUUUGCCGACAGCAUUCAAUGAGCUUGUGCGAUCUAUUCAGCUUCAGUCGCCACGGCCGACGCCAUCAUAUUUAUUAUGUGCAGAGCCACGUCUUGGUCUUGGCUUUCGUCUGCCACUAGACUUUGCCAUGGAUGACCAGUUGCGCGAGGCUCUUGUGGUGCCUGAUGAUUCUUUGGUGAAGAGUGUGGGUUUUGAAGGCAGCCAUGGCAAUUCUAACUUUGUCAACGCAGGCCAUCACGGCGUUUCCAAAUUGUUACCUGCGGAGUUGAUGUCAAGUACAAGGAGCCUGCGGCAUUCUCUAGGAAGUGUUGAGGAGAAGACGAGUGCUGGAAUUGAAUGCGGCACGCCGUUUGCAGCAGUUGCGGGGUGUGGGUCACGGCGGAUGGUCGUGGUGGCGUGUUACGAGCCACCUGCACGUGGUCGUGUUUCGUGGCAGUUGCUCUUUGAACGCCUUCUUCUCACCACAUUGGCGCGCUUCUCGGCAGUUCAAGGAGGAGGAGUAAGAGAUGAUGGCGAGGAACAAGGGAAGGGAACAGCGCCCAUUAGUGUCGUGUGGUGCGCAGGGGAGCAGGAGUUGUCUCGGAAGAACGACAAGUUUAACACCUUUAUUGUACGCCCGCAGCAACUCGUUGUGCCCAUCAACGGCGACGGUGCUGUGGACGACGGUACCAGUGACACGCUGCUGCUUGACGGUUCCUUUUGUGUGCAAGAAAUUACGCUUGACUCAGAAGGUGCCUCGUUUCCGGUGCUGCGUGAAUUACUUCAGCUGCAGUGUGAGGAGGAGGGGGAGGAAGAAGAUAAAAAGGACGUGGGAGGAGGGCCGCGACGAGAUGAAAAGAAGAAGAUGAUGAUGGAACCCGCCGUCUUCUCAGCUUAUCUGAGCGUCUUUUGUUUGCGUAUCCGAGACGAAUGUGUGUCGAUAAGCUUCCUCUCAUCCGCGACGCGGCACACUUUGGGGGAAUUUAUCACCUUCUGCCACCGCACACUGGACACCGUUUCGGUGGGCAACCACUUCGGCCAGAGCACAUCAAUUAUUUACUGCAAUACACGACACGAGGUGAUGCCGUUUAGCAUUCUGCUUGAGCCCGCAAGUGCGGGGGGGACCACCUCGGUGCUGGUGGAGGAGCCCAUCAUUGGUGAUCCACUGGCGCUCAUUCACGUCAGCGGCCUUGAGCGCGUAAAGGUGCUUCUGCGUGUGUUUCCGUUUCCUUCCGCACCCCUGACAUCAUCGCAUUCGCAGCGAAGGAUGGCGAAACGCUUGGAAAAGAUUGUGCAGAAUUACUUGUCGCAGUUGCCGGAUUCUGUGUGUGUACAUCACUUGGGGACGACGAUGCUUGGGUCACGCGCCGCGCUGGAGAUCCACUACGAACAGAUGAUUGACGACGACGACAGUGACGCGGGUUUGCUUGCGCUGGACGAAGAAGUCGGGCAUAUCAACCCCUUCGCUAGUUACUGGGGCACAUCAUCGUACUCCGCAGUGGGCAUCAGCGCAGCAGAGAGUGCGACGAAAUCAACGUUUUCUUCUUUUGCCCCUGCCGGGGCACCCACGUUGACUUCUUCGUGCUCAGUUGACCCGCUGCUGCUGCGCUCAUCCUCCCGUGACUCCCGUGAAGAGGUCGCGUCGAUGCGUGUGGCGGUGGUGUUGUGCUUUGAGGGUUUCGGCUUUUUGUUUAUUGCGUCCUCCAUGGAUUACUCGCUUAACGCCGUGCGGCAGGUGGUGCGCCAACUGGCCGCCAACGUGUCGGUCGGAACAGGUGUCCCCAUUUAG